AGGCGACCGGAGGCAGCCAUGGCGGGCGCGGCGCUAACGCGGGCCGCGCAACUCUGGUCGCUGCUGGACGAGAUGGCGGAGAACGAGCCGCAGGCCUACCGCCGGCUCCUGCAGCAGCAGCGCGCCGAGGCCGAGCGGUUCUGCGCUGCCCCAGAGCCUCACCUGUGCCUGCGGGCGCGUCCCGCGGGUGGCGUCGGGAGGCCGCUGUUCAUCAAUGUCUGCAGCUGGAGAAGGGUCCCGGCGCCCAAGGGCCCCGCUGGCCCCACACCGGUCAGUGCGGGGCCGUUAGAGGUGUCUGGCGAAGGAGACCUUUACAGCAUUAUAGAUAUUGCGUAUAACCCAGAUGUUCUUCAGAGGGGACAAGAAAACCCAGAAAAAAUGGAGCACUUGAUCCAUUUGACACUUAAAUUUGUUGAGGAACGAUGCAACCUUACUCUGUCUCAUUUGUACACCAUUGAGUCAUUCAAAUUGAAGGGAAGCCUGGAAAUGAUGCAGCAACGUCUGAGAGGAAGGCAGAGGCCAAGUCCACAUCUCGGUCAGAACACAAAGAAGGAACUAACACUCGAUGAGCUGCUACACACGAUGGGAGCUGAGGACUGCAGCAAUGCUUCGGUGCUGCUGAAGGAAGAAAGUGUGACACAGUCUAAAGGGCAUCUGAUAGAGGAAAUUGCUAGUACUGAAAUGCCAGAGAAGCUAAGUACCCCUGUCUAUGAAAUGAUCACUGUAAAGGAUGCAAACAAGAAACCACUCAAAAUUGAACUCAGAAUUGAAUUGCCUAAGGUUAGCUCUGUUUCUGAGUGCGAGCUGAGAAUUUCAAAGGAUGACAUAAUCAUUGAAGUCCCUGAAAAAUACAAAUUACAACUAGAUCUGCCAGAAUUGGUGGAUGAAGAAACAACUACAGCGGUAUUUAACAAAGGAAAACGGGUAUUGUUUAUCACAGUGCUGGUUGCCAAGCCAGAUCCUUAAAGACUGCAUUCUUCUGUCCAGUUCAUGUUCACAGAUGACAGAACAAGGAAAAAGCUCAGAAUGAGAAUCCUAACUUUCAGAUGGUGAUGAGUUGGGUUUCUUUAAAUUGACCUUCUAAUUUUCAGGGGUGAAUACCUCAAAUGCAUGUAGAAAAGGACAUGGAGAAAUAUUAACACCACAAAAGUCAGGACAAAAAUAAGUUAAAAAGAAUUGCAAAUAUUCAAGAAGUAACUUGAAUAUGUUAACAGCUGUAGUAAAGGACCAUAAAUGCAUACAGGCUUUACUACAUCAUUCAUUUUGCCUUAAGGUACAGCAGCAACAGUUGUGAAGUGUUUUUGCUAAAUAAACUGAUUACUGGAUAAACAUGGUUAUUGCA